GUUAGGAGACUGCAGUGGGCAGGCCGCUGAGCGACAAGCGCAGAGGAAGAGCUGCACACACGCGCUCAGCUUAUAGCAAGACUUCAAAAAGUGUCCAGGCAAGCGUAAUAGCUGGCUGCAGAAGAGAAUACAGGAAAGACCAAAGAAAUGCAGCUCAAGAGAGUCCAGAGUGGCUUAGUAUGAAGAACUCUUUUUGAUCUAGGUGAUGCACCCUGGAAAUUCUGAGGACACAUUUCUCUCCACCGGUAGGGAAACCUGACUUGUCAUAUUAAGCUGUGAGCUGGCUUCUUUCUAAAGGAACGUGGAUGGCAUCGAGCAGCAUGUGAGGUAUGGGACCUCUGAAGAUACAAACCUAGCAGCAUCCUGCAAUGACAUUGUAAAAUUUACUUUUUAGCUUUUUUGCUUAAGUUUAGUAAGUGACCUGACUGGCUGGAAUAAAAGGGGAAAAGACUAAAAGCCAACAGGCUGGCAGCAGAAACAGAGAAGUUCAUGGACAUCAGGAGAGGGUUUUUGUUUAAGGACAGACAGGAAUCCCUCCUGGGCUAGAACUGUAUAAUAACCACUCCAUAGCCGGUGUUCAGAUUAGAAUUUAAAACUUUGAGGGAUGAAGAAUCUUUUCUGCUAUUUCUUUUAAUAAUAAAAAAUUAUUUGUCUAAGUUACAGCCAGAGAACAGUCAGAAGACAUAUUUAAAACCAACAAUAACACAAAAAAAGUAAUUCUGACAAGUGUCCUACCUAAAAAGAAAGUGAAAACAUUUGUCCACCUUGUCCUCCUCAGUUCACAAAAUCAAGAGUGGCCCUUUCGAGGAAUUGCUGGCUGGCUACAAAUGUUACUGAGGUGGUCUGCACUCUGAUUGGGAAAGCAACAAAGCAGUACAAACACUGCCAGCAAGGGUUACUAUCCUCAGCACCCAAACCCCAAGGUGUACGGCCAGCAACCUGUUAAAACACACCAGCAGAUAGGAAAAUGAUGCACCAGCUUACUGUGUACAGAUUUUGUUGGACCUUCAAUUCCUCUUGAGAACUCAAUAUAAGUGAGAACAAAGAAUUUGUGCCAAUACCAGGAGAUGUGAGUAGCUACUGGCACUGAUGAAAUGAGGAUUCGACGAACUGGACAACACAGGACACAGACAACAGGCUGAAGAUUCCUCCUGUUCAGAAUGGGAAAUCAUUCCUGGCUGAAAUCGGACCUUCAUCACUCAAUCAGUGGAAGCUACAUUUCUGGAUCCAGUGCAAACUCCUUUCCUAAUCAGAAUUCAAACUUUUCCGACAUGUAUGCUUACAGUAACAGCACCCAACAGAUGCCAUCACUGACUCCCAGUGCCCUGCCUAAACACCGUGAUAAGGACUUAGCUAAGGCAGAAAUUGCCAUCCUUGCAGCAAUCAUGAUCCUUGCAGCUGUGGGCAACACCUUUGUACUCGUUAUCCUGGUGCGACGGAGAAAGCACAACGCACCAAUGCAUGUGUUUAUGGUGAACCUGUGCAUUGCAGAUCUGGUCGUGGCAUUCUUUCAGGUAUUACCGCAGUUGUUGUGGGACAUUACAGAGCAUUUCAUGGGACCAGAUGUCCUUUGCAGGACUAUUAAAUACCUGCAGAUUGUUGGUAUGUUUGCUUCUUCCUACAUGAUUGUGGCCAUGACCUUUGACCGUCACCAGGCAAUUUGCCACCCGAUGUGGACCUUUCAGAAGCGAGGGGCCCGUUGGAAUAUUCCAAUCACCAUGGCAUGGAGUUUGUCAUUGUUGCUUAGCCUACCACAAAUUUUCAUAUUCUCCAAAACUAAGAAGGACUCAGGACAAAUGGACUGCUGGGGACAUUUUGUAGAGCCAUGGGGUCUCAAAGCAUACAUCACAUGGAUGACUAUAAUGGUAUUUAUUGGGCCAACAAUUAUUAUAGCAGUUUUCCAGAUACGAAUCUUCAAGGAGAUACACGAGAACAUCUACCUCAAGUCAGAGCGAGUGUCAGCAGAGAUUAAGAAGAAUAAGUUGACAAUUGAGAUGGAAAAAAAACCUUCAGGUGUGUCCAAAGCCAUGUCCAAAACAAUCAAGAUGACCUUGGUGAUUGUGUUGGUUUAUAUUAUUUGCUGGGCACCCUUUUUUAUCGUGCAGCUAUGGGCAGCUUGGGACCCCAAUGCACCAACUCAAAGUAUCCCCUUCACCAUCAUCAUGCUGCUUGCCAGUCUAAACAGCUGUACAAACCCCUGGAUCUACACAGCUUUUAGUAGCAGUGUCUCCAAGGAGUUGAUCCGUCUGCUGUGCUGUCGUCAGUGGGCAAGGAGGAAGAACUCCAUUCCUGAUGAUUCAAGUACUACUGGAACAUCCACAACAGCAAAAGACACAAUUUACUGAUGCAAGCCACAACAAUCGGGACUGCCUUUGAGCACCAUUCUUGGUGUCAUCCUGCUGUAAAUUCACUUGUUCUGCAAGCAAUGCCCAGAGGGCCAAACACUUUACGCCUAAGGCAACAGGUUGUAUUCACCAUAGCAAGUAAAAAAGGAGUACGCCUGCUUGUGCUGAUGGCAUUUUAUUGAAAUGUUAGGGAUCAGCAGGUCAUAUUUGAUGGUUCAGAAGAGAUGAGGAACUGGAAUUCUUAUCUCCAAAACCUGUGGUAUCAAGUCAUUGUGUUUCUUACCAGCUUCUUUUUAGUUCCCAGCUUUCCUACAAUACAACAUGAUGUCCAGCACAGUGUCCUUGUUCUCCCCAACACCCAGAGUUUAUAGCUCCAUUCUGACAUGAAAUGCAUGGAAGAAGAAUGUUGGGGAAUGAGCGUGAGAGGAAGUGCUGUCCAAGAGCGGAUUAUAGAAGCAGUGAUCCAUGGACUGUAAGUCCCUUUCACACUAGAACUGCAAACCAUUUGUAACGUAGCUAAAGAACACCUACACAAAUUGAACAGUUAGUUACACUUUGGUUGGAGCCAAUCAUGAUUUGUCAUGUUAUAGCCAGUGCCAUAUUUAAUUUAAAUAAAAGAAAAAGAUCAUCAUCUGAUUCAAGGCUGACAAACACAGCUCAAGAGGCAAAAUAAUGCAGCAAAGAGAAAACAUCUAACAUCUUUAUAAAAUCCUGAAGUUUCCAGGACACUUAUUUCUGAAUUUUCAAACCAUAGUUUCAGGAUGAUAUCCUAUCAAAAUCUGCUUUUGUGAAUUUUCAAAUCUUUUAUUAAUGAAGAAGAUCUGGAAGAGCUGGUGUAGUACAUUCUUACUGCUUAUUCAUGAAAGUCAAGCUGCUUUCAUGAAAUGCAGCUUGGGGAAAAAAACAACUAAAGCAGUUUAGUAUCUUGUGCGUUACAAUCCUGGUUGUACUGCUCAUGUGAAAGCACUGCAAAUAAAUCGAAGAUGUGUUCUGUGAGGGCUCAAGGGAUGUAGCUGCACACCUAAGACUAUUAUUAUGGUUCUGCUUCACACCCCAGCUUGCCUGCACUGAAUGAGUUUAUUUUAUGAAGUUCUUACUAUAAUGACUCAAACUGAUUUUUCAGAAGCCAAAUAUUAGAAUUUACUUAUUGUCAUCCAAUGGUGCAAAUGUUUUUCCAUCAACAUUUUUUUGUUAUUGUUUUUGUCUGAUAUUCAUAUUCUAUUGUUAUUGUUUUAUCUUAUCGUGUAUAUCUUGAAUGUUUACAGAUGUUUUCAACCAGUUGUAUUAAACUUUAUAUUUUAUCCA